AUGGCUGACUCUGACAGAAACUCCACGCCCGCCCUGAGGAUAAGUCAGUUGGAUGCCAGUGAGCUUGAUCAGGAAUUGUAUAGUUUGGUGAAGAGCCAGAUUUUAAAGACGUUCAAAUAUCAUAAGACUAAUAUAUUGUCCAAAGUUGACCCAGAAAUCAAUGCAUUUCUAAAACUUUUGAUUUGGCGAUUUUCGACAUAUGCUUCUGGGGCAACAAUUGGUCAACAGAUUUUAGGCAUCAAAUAUAAAGACAUUGUGGGCAGCCAAUGGAUGUCAAGGAGCCAGAAGAUUUGGCUUGCUACAAUUUUAAUUGGAUGCCCAUGGCUUCAAGAGAGACUCAGUGCUAUUUUACAUCUGAUAGGGUUAAACAAAUAUUCAGAUUGGGCAUCUCGUAUGGUUGGCCAUGCUGAAUUAGCUGCAAAACUGGGAUCUUUAUUGAAUUUCCUUAUUUUCCUGAGUCGAGGUUGUUAUUCGUCACUGACAGAGAGGAUGCUGGGAAUUCGCUCGCAUUUCCCACAGAGACAGGGACUUCGUCAGGUGUCUUUUGAUUUCAUGACCAGAGAGAUAAUGUGGCAUGGAUUCUCUGAAUUUUUAUUUUUCGUUUUGCCCCUGGUCAAUUAUCAGCGUAUUAAAAACUUCUUGCAACGCCAUGUGAUGCACUCUCCCAGCAGAGAAUGUGGUCGUCACAGAACCAGAACAGAUCUACAUCAGUGUGCCGUGUGUGGAGAGUGGCCAGUCAACCCUCAGGAGAUAGGCUGUGUCCAUGUCUUCUGUUAUUACUGUAUUCAGAGUAAUUUUAAAGCCGACAAUAGUUUCAGCUGUACAUCAUGCGGACAAGGCAUCCCAAGUCAGGAGGACAUACAGCCUGUGAAAAUUGCACUGGGUGGCGACAGUUGAUGGGUCUUUUUGGCUUCACACUGGCACCUGUGCAUGUCCCCAAGUCAAGAGAGCAUAUGGUAGCCAGUGGACAGUGUGCUGGAUCUUGAUGGCUUCACACUGGCACGUGUGCAUGUCCCCAAGUCAGGAGAACAUAUGGUAGCCUGUGGACAGUGUGCUGGAUCUUGUUGGCUUCACAUGGGCACGUGUGCAUGUCCCCAAGUCAAGAGAGCAUAUGGUAGCCUGUGGACAGUGCUCUGGAUCUUGUUGGCUUCACACUGGCACCU